UUUUACAUUUUUAAACGUUAACUUCUGGAAAGAUCGUAAUCCACAAAUAACAGUGAUUGAAUUACUGACAUAUUGCGCACGGUUGUGCAUACAACAUUCAAUCGAUAAGCGGCAAGGCGAAAAGGAACCACCGAUUCAACAAGGCGAUUGUAUUGUAAUUGUACCAACUGGCCCGAUAACGUCGCUGAAUGAUGGAUUAAUUGACGGGGAACUUUAUUGAUAGCCCCGUCGUUCUGUGCGAGUGCCGAGCGCCGAUCGUAACCGCUUGGGCGUUGGAGGUUGGUGGCCAUUAUUGUGCCACUCUAUUGAGAAAACGCGACGAAAAAUCUCAGUUCAGUUAUUUGAACCUUUAUUGAACCUCGACGUGGGAACAACAGUCCGAGCUGUUGGUCUGGUGGUGACGUUAGUAGCAGAAGGCGACGUGUUAGCAAUAUAGAAUAAGGCACUUUUUCGAUUGGUCUGUGGUAUGAUAAGAAGAUGUUUAUGAUUGAAUAUUUGUGCAUGAUGCAUCCGAAGUCUUUUUGGAGGAGUGACUAACAGCAACGAAACGGUGUAAAGAGUGAAUAACGAACGAAUCAAUAUUUUGUGUGUGCCUGUGUUUGAAUAGUAUCGAACAGUGAUGAGACGCAGUAAUAAUGGUGGUGAAGGGAAUCGUGCUGCUUCUCGUCGUGUUGCUCGGUAGAGUAUGGACUUUGAUUCAUACUGGAAGAGACGUCUACAAUGACGAGAACUCUAUGGAAAUUAGUGCCUUACCGUCCCAGACAUUUGAUGAUCUGGACGAAUUAGACCAACGAAUUGGCCACUGUCAUUUGAAGCCAUUGAAUAUAACCGUUUCAAGAUCGGUGGUGAAUGUUGAAGAAUGGAGCGAUGAAAAGGACGAUAAUGUGUUCUACCGCUUGGAGGUGCAAUGGAUACAACCAAACGCAACCGUCUCCAACGCGAACUUGACAGCCUGGUUGAUGCAAAACAUUGCGCUCCCUGUGCGGGAUCAGUGCAGUUUACUCAAACUGAAGGCCUGCCAGAGAGAUCUGCGUACACCCGUUUGUGUCUGUGGAGAAUGGGAACCUCAGUGUGGUAAAAUAACUGAUAUUGAAGUGAUGGAAGUUGGAAACGAUAAUCCUAGCUACGCCCUUACGUGGAAAGUGGAAGACCAAGCGUGUGUGCAUCGGUAUGAGUUGCUGGUGGGAAGUUCCGUCAUUCCAUUGGACAUUCCAUUUGUUGGAAUGUCAGGACUGCAGGCCGGAAAAAAGUAUCGAGUGGUGCUGAAAAUAAUCUGCAUAAAUGCAAGCAAGGUGCAACAUCUCCUAGAGAUCUACGUAAAAUCUCCAGUAAAGCGAACAACAUUAAACCCAUGGAGAUGUGGCUUGGAGUUCUAUGUACAACAUCGCAAUGAAAUUGGCGAAGUGAUCAAUGAUAACCCUAAAACAUUCCAAAUUUAUCACAUUGCUCGUCCUUUCACAACGAGAAAAGUCUGUUCUAAAUAUGGACGAAAGGAGUCCUAUAAGACUAAGACUCAUGGGAAGCAAUCUGUUUCCGACACGAACUUCCAACCCACUAGAGUUCCGGUAGAUGUAUCUACUCCACAAUUCCCUCUUGAUGCUUUUCCUAAACCAUCGCACAUUGAAUUACCAUCAAACGCAAUUCCAAAAGUGCUUUCUUCUAUUCCACCUCUUUGUCCGGGUCUUCGGACACGAUCAUCGUCCGGCGAUGUAAUCAUAAAACCGCAAACCGUCGGACCCGUGCGUGAUCUGCGCGCAAAUACCGAUCUCGACCGAAGCGUCCUGCUGACAUGGAGACCGCCAAAGGAAGGUGCGGCUUGCGUCAAGGAGUACCUUAUCACGUGGUCCUCCGAAAGCGCAACGAUCGAUGCAUCGAGAACAGUUUACAAUGUGACUAACCUGGAGCCAUGCAUGACGUACGAGUUUACGGUGAACGCUAUCGACCAUACCAACGACAAGGGAACGCCAGAAAGCAUUUCUGCUACGGUGCGUGAGCUCCAACAGCUAUCCCAAGUGACGGAGCUGGAACUGAACGAGGUGGAACCACGAUCACUGUCCGUCAAGUGGAAACCUCCAACGAAUGGGACGUUCUGUGUGGAGUCGUACCGUGUAGUGGCGUGGUAUAACAAUCCCGCAAACAGUGCAGAUGUUACAGAAGUGUUUUCCAACACCACGACCGAUCAGCACGUAACGUUUGGGGAGGUGAUCGCUUGCAUGUCGUACACGGUGCAAGUCAUACCGAUCUCCAUCAGCAAACACGACGGUCUGAACGAGAUCGGAACGAUCAAAACGAAGGAACGAACGAUCCUCUUCUACCAUGUGGAGCCGAUCCGUGCGAUUGCGUUGAGUUCACGCAGUUUAGAGCUGUCUACAAUGCUGCACAGUGAAAACAACAACAAUUGUUUGUUGGUGACCGUAGCGUUCAACUGCACCAAGAUGGUGGAAGGUGUACCAGUUCCCGAAUCGCAGGUCAUCAAAGAGUUCGUCAUUCCAAAUGGCAACACUACCUUUGAAGGUAUUGUAGAGCCAUUGGUACCGUACUCCACGUACGAAUGCAACGCAAAGAUUCAGAACAUUGCAGGCUGGUCCGAUCCGACUCCAGCGUACACGUUUGUAACGGCCGAAGAUGUGCCCGAAAGCCCAAGCGUGAUUGAACUGAUCGGAAAGAACCGAUCGAUUGGUAUCAUAUGGAAGGCGCCUACUGUGAAGAAUGGAGUUGUCGUCCGCUAUCGAAUACACGUCCGUAUGGUCGCUCCAGAGUACCCACUGCCCAAGCUGUGCGCUCCGCUGGAAGAGUUCAACGAAACGGUGGACCUGCGGGACGAGGUGAAUCCCGACGAGUCACGCAGCUGGGAUGGAAUCGAAUUUGAGCAUGUGGUUGCCAAGCUGAAUCCUUACACGCUGUACAUGGUGCAGGUGGCUGCGGCAACGGGGGCUGGCUUUGGUCCGUACACCGAGCCGGUGGAGGUGAUCACUCUACCCGAUGUGUCCAACGUAACUGCAAGCUUUCGGAUCGAUAAAAUCGAAGGCCCCGAGCUGAACCAGCCGUACAAAUCGUCGGUAUGGUUUGGCUGGGACUUGCCGUGCGGUUUGAACGGAAGGCUGAAGCGAUUCGUAGGUGAGAUGUACGGUAUUCGCGAGCAGGAUCCUUCCAAUCCGCACGCCUUAACCUGGGAGGUAAAUGUGGGUGAGGAGGAAGAGAUACUGGAUGUGUAUAGCUACGUGGAAGAUCGCCUGAAGCCUGAGUACAACUACACGGUAGCGAUACGCGUGGAAGUGGCCGCUGUUGAGGAGCUUAGUGAUGAAGUGAAGGUCCAGUUCGAGUCACCGGCAGGCAUUCCGUCUAUUGAUCAGAAGGAGGAAUGGUUCAAUGUGGACGUGUUUGAAGCACCCAAUCCUACCAACACGGCCCGCAUAAUGCUCGGCAACAUCACGCUCACGUCGGACAUUGGCAGCAUCCGCUACAUGGCACUGCUAGUUUCGGAACGGCUGUGCCAGCCCGACCCAACACCGCGUACGGACUUCAUCAACAGCACUGGCGGUACGCAGUGGCCCAGCGUGUCGGAUUGGUACUUGGCGAACGAAAAGCGCUGUGCGGAGCAGUACCAAACGACACCAAAGUUCUGGAAUCCAAUGGCUCGUGGCCAACGGGCGACGACCGAUCGCGAAGCAGCAGGACUGAUCGAGUACGUCAUCGGGAAGGAAAACUGCGACAGGGGGCAGGAGUACUGCAAUGGACCGCUGAAGCCGGGCACGGAGUAUGCACUCAUAGUGCGAAUCUUUUCCCGCAGCGGGUAUACCGACUCCGAGAUGCAGGUAUUCCGUACGGACUCACUGAUUAAGGUCGGUUUAAUUGUGAGCGCUGUGUUGGCGUGUCUGGUGCUAGCAUUCCUCGGUGGAUUGUUUGUGGUGUGGCGCAAGCAGCGGCUGCUGCUUCCCGCACAGCAAACGCGCGGCGCUCCCACGGAAGAGCCGGCCGACAUACCGGUAAAGAACUUCCCGCACCAGUACGACGAGCUGUUUCAGUCGAACCGGGAAAAGGUGUCGAAAGAGUUCCAGGCCAUCAACUACUUCUCCGACUUUGCGCUGCAGGACACGGUAAGCUUCCAGAGUGCGCGCGAGAAUGAGCGCAAGAAUCGGUACGUCAACAUCUUACCGUACGACUCGAACCGUGUACUGCUGGACAGCAAUGAGGACGGCGAGGAGGGUGAGUAUGGUGCGAACGACUACAUCAACGCCUCGUUCAUCGAGGGCUACAAGUACCAGCGGGAGUACAUAGCGACACAGGGUCCCAAGCAGGAGACGUGCGCCGACUUUUGGCGGAUGGUGUUGCAGUACGAGAUCGAGUCGAUCGUCAUGCUGACGCAACCGAUCGAUCACGACAAGAACAAGUGCUGCCAGUACUUCCCGCGGUUCGACCAGUACACCGACUAUGGGGACAUUCGCGUCAAGUGCACGCAGGAGCUGAACCUAUCGCUCUACUACAAGCGUCUGUUUCUCGUUUCGAAGGGAAAUCUAACGAAAGCGGUGUUCCACUAUCACUUCCUCGAAUGGCCCGAUCACAGCUGCCCGGCCAGUACGGCGGAUCUGAUAAAGUUUUCCAAGAUUGUGCGCGCGGAGCGGAAAAGCUACGCCAUCCCGCUGGUAGUGCACUGCAGUGCGGGAGUCGGCCGUACCGGCACGUUCAUCGCGCUGGACAUUGUGCUGCAGCGGCUGCAGCAGGAGAAGAAGAUCAACGUGUACGACACGGUAAAGCAACUGCGGCGCCAGCGCGUCAAGAUGGUGCAAACGCUCGACCAGUACACCUUCCUGUACCAGUGCUGCAUGGAGUACGUGUCCAAGAGCAAUCGAAAAAAGCCAAAGACGAGCAACAUCGAGAUCAUCAGGCGGGACGAGAAAGGUAAACAGCACUACCCGGAUGUGAUCCUGGAGGUGGAACAGCAGCACAUCGCUGUCGGGAAUGGCGGCAAGCCGUUGUUUAACAUAAAGUUUCCCAAAUCGGUCAACGCCGGCGGCUUGGCCAAUGUCAGCUUUGCUCCGAAUGAAAUCGAAAGUGAUAAAUCCGUGUGAGGCAGCUCCAGCGAGUCAGUACUGCCGCACUAGCUAGGAAUUUGUGUGUAUUUCUAAUGUGUUAGGUUUUUUUUGAUAUUGUAUAUUUUUUUAACUUAAAAUAUCGAUCUGUUGUAUUGUUGGUUUGCACGUACUGUGGGUAAUUUAUAACGAAUAAAGCAUAACAUUCGCAUGCAAGCUUAGGGUAGUG